AGUAUUGUGUGACUAGCUAAGCGAUUCAAUAGUUCAGUUGUCUUUAAUUUGUGCUGUGACGAGUGUGCUUACAUUUCUUCAUUACUAUGUAUAUAUCGAAGAAAAAUUCAUCAUCAAACUUCAUAGAGAAAUUAAUGGCGAAAAUAUUUAGCCUCUACAACAAACAGUCUCUAAUCGAUGUGACAUUUAAAGUAUCAAACCCAACGGCUGUUGUACCCGCGCAUCGUUUGAUACUCGCUGCAGCGAGUCCCUACUUCGAGAACCUUUUCAAAGGCGAUCAAGGCAAUAAUCCCGACAUCGAGAUAAAUGAUAUCGAUAGCGAUAUUUUUAAGGGUCUAAUAACCUUUUGUUACACCGGAGAGGCCCUCAUUACCGUUAACAAUGUCGGUGCCAUGCUAAAGGGGGCACUCAUUUUGCAAUUGGAUGAUGUCACGAAUAGUUGUGUGGACUGGAUUAUGACAAAUAUUAGUGAAUACACAUUGCAGGCUGCUUACACGCUCCAGCGAGAAACGCAGUGUGAACGGCUUAAGGAAAAACUCAUCGAAUAUGAAAUAAAAAACUUCAUGGAGAUCAGUCGACUGGAUGAGUUUCUGAGUUUUGAUGUAGAAAAAUUGCAACGUAUUCUGGAAUCUGACAAUUUGAAUAUAACUCGUGAGGAAGAUGCCUACGAUGCCAUAAAACGCUGGUUCAAUUACGAUGUUCCUGCACGUCAAGAAUCACUGCCACUUUUAAUAGAUUGUCUCCGGCUUACCCAAUUCAAUGCGGACUUUCUGUUGACACACAUACAGCCGUUACCUGGUUGUGAGCUGCUGGCCCACCAGGCCAUAUUGUGGAUAAAAGAGCCUGCAGCACGAACAAGGGUAAACAUGCGAUUUACAGAACCACGUGCUACUUGUGAGAAAACAUUGCUGGCGCUUUGCCACUCAGAGAUGAAUCCCAGGGUGCUGCAAUAUAACAAAGCUGAGGAUAAGUGGCACGAAUAUGCGAGUUUAGAAAUCGAUUACACGCAUUAUAGGACGGUUUUAAAGGAAGAUAAUAUAUUAUUUAUUGGCGGUUGUAAAAGUGGUGUCUCAUCCAACAUCGUCCGGAGCUGGAAUAUACGAAAUAAGACAUGGCAAAAUUUGUGCGUCAUGAAGCAAGCAAGAUGCGGACAUUGUGUUGUCGAAUUAGAUGGUAAAAUCUACGCGAUUGGUGGUGUAGAGCAUGGUUCAGAGGGUAAAAAGGGUUUGUCGUCGGUGGAAAGAUAUACGCCAUCCGCAGGUUGGGAGUUCGUGAACAGUUUGACUGUUGGACGAUUCGAUGCCAGUGCCGCGAGUUUGAAUGGUAAACUUUACGUACUGGGCGGUAGAAAUGUUAGUGGAGCCUUAAAACUCGUCGAAAGCUUCAAUCCGGAUUCGAAUACUUGGACUUCUUGCGCGGAUAUGACAGAAUGUCGCGUUUCACCUUGUGUAGCUGCACAUAAGGGUCAUAUUUAUGUUUUAGACACGAAUUCUGCUAACCGUAGACAAAAUGUUGAACAUUAUGAUCCUCGGCGAAAUAUCUGGUCUAAGAAAAACCAGGAAAAAGUAUGAUGUCAGUGGUUUCUAGUUUUUUCCUUCGGAAGAGCAGCGAGGAAGACCGGAAGGGCAUUCCUUGUAAUUUUUUAAAUCUUUCCACUAAUGUUUUAAACGAAUAAAUAA